AUGUCUUCCAAUAAACUAUCCUUUCGAGUCCAUGCUACAGAAAAGAACAGUGAUCAUCAGGAUGAAAAAGCAAUCUUUGAAGAUCAUCAAAAAGAGCCAUCCGCAGAAGAGAGAAAAUCCGAUUUGAAAAGAAAGCACGAUGACAUCAUUCCAUGCAAAGGAAAUUAUUUUCAAGCCAAACACGCAAAACGAGAGGAGGACGAGAAACUCUUGCGAGACAAGGAAGAAUUCGUUCCGAAAAAGCCAGUUUCGGGAUUCGGUGCUGCCAUGCUGAAAGGAAUGGGAUGGCAAGAAGGAAAACCAUUCGGAAGAACUAACAAGAUUGUAGAACCAAUAGAAGCACAACCGAGGCCACACCUUGCAGGGCUUGGAAGUAAUUUGCAUCGACAGUUAGAAUUAGAUCCCAAGAAUAAGCAACUAAAGGACAAGCUGGAAAAACAGGAUACAAAUGUCAAAAAGCAAGCAGUAGAAACCACCACAAGAUCCAUUUCAUCAAGCAAAUCACUCUCGAUUGGAGAAAUGAAAAAUCAAGCAGCAUCACAAUUAUCACAUGCGCAACAACCAAAGAAACCGAUCACAUGGCUACUUCCAAAUCUGUACGUGAGAUAUAUCCACGAAGGAAAAUAUUAUUUGCAGAAAGGUGUCAUCAUGGACAUACCAACAGAAUAUGAAUGUACGUUAAGGCUUGACUCGGGUGUCAUAUUGGAACAUGUGUAUGAGACGUCACUUGAGACUGUAAUUCCCAAAAAUAAGGGAACUCUUUGUAUGGUGGUACAGGGGAAAAACAAAGGAUUUAUUGGUGAAAUGAUCAGCAAGGAUCGCGAAAAAGAGACUUGUCAGCUCAAAAGUCAAGACGACGACAUUAUUCAGGUUUCAUUCGAUCAUUGUUGCGAGUAUCGAGAGUUUUAG